CGUCCUGGCCCACCGAUCAACCUCCACUUCAAAAGAGUUGUCCCUCUUAUUGACACCGAACUGGUAAACCUUGAUCCUCGAUAAUCAAUCGACGACCAUGAGACUCUACUACAUUUUGGAUGAGGGCCUGCCUCUGAACUGCCAGACUGGAGUAGGGCUUGACAAGGUUUCGUCUCUCCAGAAUGCAAUCAAAUUCUUGGUCAAAUCCAAGGAGGUGAUGGCGGCCAAGGUAGAAGAAAUUCAAGUCUUUCCUUUGGGAGUCACCAUCAAAAACUUUCGCGAGCACACUCCGUUAAAACCGGACGACCCUCUCCCAAAGGGCUCGACUACCAAGAAUGCCAUUUUUUGUCAUGUGGAGCGAGACUACCAAGAUUUGACGGCCGAGCGGCGCCGAUUGCUCAGCAACCCUGUGCCAUCACCGGCACCCUCACCCAAGGCCAAGAGAAAAUCGGUGCAAAAUAUUUUGACAGUUACGGUGCGACCCAAGGACGGCAAGCAGUUCAAGUCAAAGCUUUUCCCCAAACACACCAUCGCCAACCUCAAGAAACAGUUUGAGGGACCGUCCAAGGUACCAGCCGACAAUCAAAACUUAUUUUUGGAUGGCACGGCACUUUCUGACCCCGACAAAACAGCAGAAGAUUAUGGUAUUAAAAAUGGGGAUAUCAUUGAUCUGGAGCCCAAAACCAUUCAGGUCCAUGUCCAAACUCCUGAUGGCAAGAGGAUCCCUGUAACCAUGGAUACUUCCGACAAAAUCCAAUUUAUCAAGGAAGAAGUGGCUCCAGAGACAGGAAUUGAUGUUCCGGAGCAAGUGCUGAAAUUUAAUGGGAAGGAGUUGUCCAAUGAGGAAACAGCCGACGAGGCAGGUUUGGAGAAUGGAUCUGUGCUUCAUCUCAUGCCGAACACAAUCCAGGUUCAUGUUAGAACACCGGACGGAACCACAAUCCCUGUCACAAUGAAACCAACUGACAACAUUGAGUUCAUCAAGGAAAAGGUGGCCCCAGAGACAGGCAUAGAGGUGCCACAACAGGUGCUCAAAUUCCAAGGUAGAGAGUUGCCCAACGACAAGACUGCCAAAGCGAUGGGGCUACAGGAUGGAGAUAUCAUUGACUUGGAACCAAAGACAAUCCAAGUCCUGGUCAGGACACCGGAUGGAACUAAAAUUCCGGUUACAAUGAAACCCACAGACAACAUUGAGUUCAUCAAAGAGAAAGUUGCUCCAGAGACAGGAAUAGAGGUGCCACAACAGGUGCUCAAAUUCAAGGAAAAGAACUCCCCAAUCACAAGACUGCAGAUGCCAUGGGGCUACAGGAUGGAGAUAUCAUUGACUUGGAGCCCAAGACAAUCCAAGUCCAUGUCAGAACACCGGAUGGAAAUAAAAUUCCGGUUACAAUGA